UCCUGGCCUGGGCCCGCGCCGGCCUCCGCUCCGCUGCGGUCCCCCGGGUCUGCCCUCCCACCCCGUCCGGCCCGGGUCGCCAUGGCCAAGGCUUACGACCACCUCUUCAAACUGCUGCUUAUCGGGGACUCGGGGGUGGGCAAGACGUGUCUGAUCAUUCGCUUUGCGGAGGACAACUUCAACAGCACGCACAUCUCCACCAUCGGAAUUGAUUUUAAGAUCCGCACCGUGGACAUAGAGGGGAAGAAGAUCAAACUGCAAGUCUGGGACACGGCUGGCCAGGAGCGAUUCAAGACGAUAACCACUGCCUACUACCGUGGAGCCAUGGGCAUCAUCCUGGUCUAUGACAUUACCGAUGAAAAAUCCUUUGAGAAUAUUCAGACCUGGAUGAAGAGCAUCAGAGAGAAUGCCUCUGCUGGGGUGGGGCGCCUCCUGCUGGGCAACAAGUGUGACAUGGAAGCCAAGAGAAAGGUGCAGAAGGAGCCGGCAGACAAGCUGGCUCGAGAGCACGGAAUCCGGUUUUUCGAGACAAGCGCCAAAUCCAGCACAAAUGUGGAUGAGGCUUUCAGUUCCUUGGCCCGGGACAUCUUGCUCAAGUCGGGGGCUCGGAGACUGGGAGAUGGCAGCAAGGUCUCUAGUGGCGCCCUGCAGCCCUACGACAGGAAGAAUGCGAGCAAGUGCUCCCUGGGUUGAGGCCCUGUUGCUGCCUACCCGCCCUGAAGGCCAAGCCCAGAGACACAGCAAGAGACAUAGCAGGGACUUGGGAUAGGUGCACAGGCAGGGAGAAGAAAGGGAAGGGGAGAGAAGAGG